AAAGAAAGCGAAGGUUGUUUUUGUUUGACCCACCAACCAGUUUUAGUUGUACUGAGAGGAUCCCAACCUUCAUCAAAACCCUAAAUUUCUCACCCGCCAAACACCACCAGGAAAAUGGAGAGAUCAAGCCAAGAAUCCCACCUGAGAUCUGAAAACUGCGUCACAUACGAGUCCCCGUACCCACUUUACUCCAUGGCAAUCUCUUCUUCAACCCAGCACCACCACCCCCGCAUCGCCAUUGGCAGCUUCAUCGAAGAACUCAGCAACAGGGUCGACAUCGUCUCCUUCGACGAAGACGCCCUAGCAAUCAGGACCCACCCCAGCCUCUCCUUCGACCACCCUUACCCACCCACCAAGCUCAUGUUCCACCCCAACUCCCGCACAUCCCCGGAUCACCUCGCCUCCUCCGGCGAAUACCUCCGUCUCUGGGAAGUUCGCGACAAUUCGAUUCAACCCCUCUCGGUUCUCAACAACAGCAAAACCAGCGAGUUCUGCGCCCCAUUAACAUCCUUCGAUUGGAACGAGGUCGAGCCUCGGAGAAUUGGGACAUCCAGCAUCGACACCACUUGUACCAUCUGGGACGUGGAGAGGGGUGUUGUUGAAACCCAGCUGAUUGCCCACGAUAAGGAGGUGUACGACAUUGCUUGGGGUGAAGCAGGGGUUUUCGCCUCGGUUUCCGCUGAUGGGUCAGUGAGAAUUUUCGAUUUGAGGGAUAAGGAGCACUCUACAAUCAUAUACGAGAGCCCCCAGCCUGAUACUCCAUUGCUUAGAUUGGCCUGGAACAAGCAGGAUGUGAGGUACAUGGCUACCAUUCUGAUGGAUAGUAAUAAGAUCGUCAUAUUGGAUAUAAGGUCGCCAACAAUGCCGGUUGCGGAGUUGGAGAGGCAUCGGGCUAGUGUCAAUGCCAUUUCUUGGGCUCCCCAGAGUUCCCGUCAUAUUUGUUCAGGAGGGGAUGAUUCACAGGCACUCAUUUGGGAGUUGCCUACGCUUGCUGGACCCAAUGGAAUCGAUCCAAUGUCAGUAUACUUGGCUUCGUCUGAAAUUAACCAGCUGCAGUGGUCUGCAGCUCAGCCAGAGUGGAUUGCCAUUGCCUUCUCCAACAAACUGCAGCUUCUUAAAGUUUAGUCUGUUGUGAUAGUGGCAUUCUGAGGGAGAUGGUCUCAGCUUCAUGUUUUCUUGGUCAAGCACAAGGGCUAGCAUGGCAGGAAUUGCUCUCCAGAUGCUUUGGUUCUUGAUUCGGAUGUUGUACUUCUGUAAGCAUUUAGCUUCUCAAGGCCAGUCAUAGUUUGUUGUAUUAUUACGGAUUUGCAGCCUUGUAGUUGUAUAUUUUAAACUUCAAGAAGAUAAUUAUUGCAGUGUCAACUACUCCUUUAGAUCA